AAAGGAGGACUGUUCUGCACCUCGCCUGAAACUGGACUCACCUGGCAGCGUUUUGAAGACAACGUCCACCAGGUGGCGUUAUCACCUUCAGGUAAUCUGGUGUGGAAGGUGGAGCAAAGCAUGACGGCGUUUGCUUGUGCUAAAGUAUCAGUUAAAGGAAAACGUCACUGGUACAAAGCUGUGGAGCAAACGGGAUUCGUGGCUCUGAGUGACGACUCCGCCUGGAUCAUCAGGACCAACGGAGACCUCUACCUGCAGACAGGUCUGAGCGUGGACCGGCCCUGCGCCCGCGCUGUGAAGGUGGACUCGCCCUGCGUCUUCAGCCAGGUGUGUGUGAGAGGAGGCGUGGUCUGGGCCCUGAGCGAGCACAAGGCCCUGUUCUACAGAGAGGGCCUGAACAGCUACUGCAGCGAGGGCGAGGGCUGGAAGUACGACACCGUCAGUGAGGCUCAGGGUCUGGACUUGAUGUGCGUUGCCCUGGGAGACGGUGGUACCGCCUGGGCCCUGGAUGCCAGUGGCAGCCUGUGGUUCAGAACCGGUAUCUGUGGGUCCAGACCGCAGGGGGACGACGACCACUGGUGGCAGAGUCUACUGUCUGUCCCCCCAUCAAUCAGCAUCUCGGACUACGUGGUCUUCGAUCAGGGCAGUCUGUUCCAGACGCUGCUGCAGGCCACCCAGAGCGUUGCCACGGUAACCAGGGCGCCAGUGGAGCGGGUGGUGGCCUUCCUGUCGCAGUACUCGCAGUGCCAGCCGAGCCUGGUCAGCGCCAACGCCAGCGGAGUCUGGGUCGCCUCUGGCCGGAACCAGCUGCCGGCCCGCGGCAGUCUCGUGGGAACCUUCUGGCAGAACGUUGUUCCAAGAGGAACCGUCUCAGCCACCAGAUGGACCUUCAUCACGUCAUCGGCUGUCCCGCACAGAGAAGGUACGUUCCUGUGGUUGGCUCAGAGCCGGAAGGAUCUGUUCUGUGUCUGGGACCAGGAUGGAGAGCUCCGCCCCUCCUCCGUCCCUCUACCACCUGAGGUGGAGCUGACUCACCUGUCUGCCUGCCGUGAUGCUCUGUGGGGUUUGGACACGCACGGCAGAGUCAGUAUUCGGACGCUGUCUCCGUCCUGUCCCAUCGGACUCCACUGGACCCCCCUGGACCUCAGCCAGCUCGGGAGUGUUCGUCUGGUCAGUGUGAGCUGCGGCAGUCAGAACGUCUGGGCCGUGGACAGUCGAGGAGUCGUUUACUUCAGAGUUGGAACCCAGCCUCUGAACCCGAGCAUGAUGCUGCCAGCCUGGAUCCACAUAGAACCCCCUGUACAGCCAAUAGGAGUGCAGCUGGUCAGUAUUCAGACGAGUCCUAACGACCGCCUCCUCUGGGCCUUGGACAACAGAGGAAGCGUCUUUGUCAGGACCGGACUCAGUGAUGAGAUGCGUGGGACGGACUGGGAGCUGGUACCAGGUCUGGCGGUCAGUCAGCUGGUCCUCAGCUCUCGGACAGUUUGGGUUCGGUGUGUAAACGGAGAUCUGGCUCGACGUUACGGCGUCUCUGACAGAAACCCUGCAGGAGACUACUGGAAGAAGAUCCCCGGAAACGCCAACUGGUUAACUGUGACUCCAGAGGACGAGUUGUGGGCGGUGACUCUGAUUGGUGGAUUGUCCCGUCGCCUGACGAAGCUCCUCCCACAGACUCCCUGUAGACCCGCCCCCUCAGGCCCGUCCCUCAGCGGAGACGACGUUGAUGACGAAUGGGAGCUCAUCUGACCAGUGACAUCACUGUGAUGUCACCACUGUUUGGUGUUGGUCUGUCUGAUCUGGAUCCACCUGGAGGGACGUCAUCUUAGUGACAUCACUGUGGGUUGUGUGAUGCCACAGACCGACACUGAGCAGGCAGGUGACAUCAUUUCCUGUGACAUUAAUGUUUAGAGGACAAUUCUGAAGGACGAUGCCACACAGGGAGCCCAGCGGGCUGCUGGGAAAUGAAGUGAAAUAAGUUUCAGUUUUGUUUCUAAAGGAAGCACUUAAAUCUGAAGGGACUGGUUCAGUCUGGUUCUUACUGGUUCAGUCUGGUUCUAACUGGGUCUAACUGGACUAAUGUUUCAUUCCUGUUCAGCUGUCUGUUUCUAUGUGAGGACAUUAAGGGAACACGUUUACUCCAGUUCUAACUGGUUCAGUCUGAUUCAGUUUAUUUGAGACUAGUUAGCUUGAAGCUAAUUAUUAAAGGGACGCUCACUCCAGUUCAUGUGAUCAAUGCACGACCGAUCGAUAUUUAGUAGUGACCUGGACUUAAUGUUUGUU